GUGGCUGACAAUGGAUGCUCAUUCUACGUGUGUGCGUUCAGUGUGCAGUGACACUGUUGGAACUGGAAGUGUAAAUGUUACGUUUACACGAUAAUUUUAACGGCCUUGUCUUCGGAAUUCUCGUAUAAUGUGAUAGAAACAACAAAGCUUGAAAAGAUGACAGAUUCACCGACGCAUGUUAAUGUGAGGAUAAACAGCGCUGUCGAAGAUAGUAUUGAUAGCUGCACGAACGAGGAUACAGAACGAUUAUUAAGACCGAGAAACAAUUUUGCAUCAUACUCGAACAACGACGUCAACAUUAGAUUUCGGAAUGUUAUCUCCAAUCAUGGCAGCCUCUCUUCGCAAAAUAUUAUAGAAACGGUAUCGAGUAAUCCAAGAAGACUUAUCACAGAUGAAAUCACUCCUGGAGCCACUAAUUUUUUAUCAACUAACUAUGAGAGUUUAGAUUAUGAUCCCUGCGAGAACCACCUUCUGCAAGAUGAAGAAAGAAGAAAGGGAUAUAAAUUUGUAGUUAAAAAGAAUUUUGCCAGAUGGUUUAUUUUCUUAUUGAUAGGCAUUUGUACAGCCCUUAUAGCUUCUUUUGUAGAUGUAUCUAUAGAAGAAUUGACGCAUCUAAAAUAUGGUUGCCUUAAGUUUUAUAUGGAUCAAUGCAUAUUAAAUAAUUGUUUAUGGCUACCAUACAUGAUAUGGUUGGCUUUAAAUUUACUACCUGUGUUAAUAGGGGCAGUUUUAGUGUCCUAUGUAGAACCUAUUGCUGCUGGUAGUGGUAUUCCGCAAGUGAAGUGUUAUUUAAAUGGAAUUAAAGUACCUCGAGUUGUACGUAUUAAGACAUUAGCAGUAAAGAUAAUCGGGGUAAUCUGUACUGUAGUAGGAGGCCUAGCUGGUGGAAAAGAAGGACCCAUGAUACAUUCUGGUGCUGUAGUAGCAGCAGGAAUAUCGCAAGGAAAAAGCACUACGUUUAAAAAAGAUUUAAAAAUAUUCAAGUAUUUUAGAGAAGAUCAUGAAAAACGGGACUUUGUAUCAGGAGGUGCAGCUUGUGGUGUGUCUGCUGCAUUUGGAGCACCAAUUGGUGGAGUACUGUUCAGUAUAGAAGAAGGGACUAGUUUUUUCAACCAAAGUCUUACUUGGAGAACAUUUUUUGCUAGUAUGAUUACAACAUUCACCUUAAAUAUUGUACUGAGUACAUAUCAUGGACGUCCUGGUGACCUUUCUUAUCCGGGUUUACUAAACCUGGGAAAAUUCGAGACGAUACCUUAUCAAAUUUACGAAAUCCCAUUGUUCAUGUUAAUGGGGGCAGUAGGAGGACUGUUAGGCGCUUUCUGGAAUCACAUAAACUAUAAAAUUACUUGUUUCCGUCUGAGAUAUAUAAAACAAAGAUGGUUAAAAGUAAUAGAAGCGCUUUCAAUUGGUGUAUUGAGUGCAACAAUGGGCUUCGUGACGAUUUACUAUUUAAACGAUUGUAAACCAUUAGGUCAAGAUCCCACUAAAUUUCCUAUUCGAAUGUUCUGCGGUGAAGGUGAAUAUAACGCGGUUGCAGCUUUAUGGUUUCAAACUCCGGAAAGUAGUGUACGAUCUUUAUUCCAUGAUCCCAAAGGAUCUCACAACGACAUAACAUUAGCAAUUUUUGUUAUACUUUACUUCUUCCUGGCUGUUUUUACUUUCGGUCUCUCUAUGUCUAGUGGACUUUUCAUUCCAUCCCUUCUGAUUGGCUCUGCAUGGGGUAGACUAAUCGGUUCGGGUCUUGCGAAACUUUUUCCUAACUGUGUUGUUUUAGAUCCUGGAAAAUAUGCUUUAUUAGGUGCAGCUGCACAGUUGGGUGGUGUAGUCAGAAUGACAAUAAGUUUAACUGCUAUAUUGAUAGAAGCCACUCAAGGAAUAUCGUUUGGUUUACCUGUUAUAAUAGUCCUUGUUAUGGCUAAAUGGGUUGGAGAUUUUUUCAACGAGGGAAUCUAUGAGAUUCAUACACAAAUGGCUGGAGUUCCUAUCCUACCGUGGGAAGCCCCGCCUUUAUCAAACAAUAUAUAUGCUAGCGAAAUUAUGAGUCAUCCUGUAGUAACAUUAAAAACUGUAGAAAACGUUGGACAUAUAGUGGAACUUCUUAAAUGUGUAACAUUUAAUGGAUUUCCUGUAGUGGAUCCUCCUAGUAGCGACGAGACUGAAAUACAUUCUUAUGGACGAUUUCGGGGUCUGAUCUUACGUUCGCAAUUAAUAGUGUUAUUGCAAAAUAAAAUCUUCAAUGAAGAUGCAGAGUAUUGGAAGAAAAGCAUCAAUAUUAAAUUGUUCAGGAAAGAAUAUCCUAGAUAUCCAACAAUUGAACAAGUAAACAUAACCGACGAAGAGAAAACUUAUACAAUAGAUCUAAGACCUUUCAUGAAUCCUGCUCCUUAUACAUUACAAUAUUCUGCAGCACUGCCACGAGCAUUUAGACUCUUCAGAGCUUUAGGUCUCCGCCAUUUACCAGUAGUAAAUGAUACAAAUGAGGUAGUUGGAAUUAUUACACGAAAAGAUGUUGCUAGAUUUAGGAUAUGGAAACACAGAGGAAGAAUGGGAUUAGAUGAACUUGUAAUCACAAACAAAAUUUAAUUUGAAUUUUUUCUAAAGAAAUACCUUAUAAAAUUUCUAAGCAAAUCUUUAAUAACACAUUAUAUACAAAUGACGCUUUUGUAUAACUACAAAAAAGACUUUGAGACUGUAUGAGGCUCAAAUUUCACCAAUGAAAAAAGUAAAAAACUUUAAAAAUUAAAGCAUUGAGGAAAGAAAAGAAAAAAACCUAAUCAUAAAUACAGUACAUAUAGUAUUAAUUAUUUAUAAACAAUUGCCAACCCAGCCAAGACCAUAAUUUAAAGAAAAGGUAUAUGGGAAGAAGUACUAACAAUAAAAGAAAAUAAUAUUCGUACGACGGACUGUACAUAUUUAUCUAUUUAAUUUUUAGAACUGGUACCUACUGUUCUAGAUACCUCUAGCAUAGGAUGCAACCAAAUUAUGCAACACCUUUACGUACAACCUGGAACAUGAAGAAAUAUUUUACUGAAAAACACAGAUCUAAUAUAUU